GGCAGAUGCCCCUCGCUCUGUCAUCCCGGCUUGUACUAUGGUGGAGUUUCCAUCUCUCAGUCCUUACUGGCCUCUCAUCCGCUUUCUGGUGCCUUUGGCUAUCACCAAUGUUGCCAUCGACCUCGGGGAACAGGCCCUCAACAGGGGCAUAGCCACAGUCAAAGAAGAUGCAGUGGAAAUGCUGGCCAGCUAUGGUUUGGCCUACUCCCUGAUGAAGUUCUUCACUGGACCCAUGAGCGACUUCAAGAAUGUGGGUUUGGUGUUUGUCAACAGCAAGCGGGACAGGAGGAAGGCUGUGUUCUGCAUGGUGGCGGCCGGGGCCAUCGCAUUCGUCCUGCAUAUCUUGAUAGCAUACACAGAUUUAGGAUACUACAUCAUUAAUAAGCUCCACCAUGUGGAUGAAUCUGUGGGGCACAAGACAAGAAAGGCCUUCUUAUACCUGGCUGCGUUCCCUUUGUUGGAUGCAAUGGCAUGGAUUCAUGCAGGGAUACUUCUCAAGCACAAGUACAGCGUCAUCGUUGGCUCAGCCUCCAUCUCUGAUGUCGUGGCCCAGAUCCUGUUUGUGGCCAUUCUCCUGCACAGUAACCUGGAAUGUGUGGAGCCUUUACUCAUCCCGAUACUUUCCCUGUAUAUGGGUGCCUUGGUUCGUUUCAGCAUCGUCGGCCUGGGUUACUACUGUAACAUCCACGACAACAUCCCGGACUCCAGCGGGCUUGAUGUGGGGGGCGACGCCACCAUCAAAAAGAUGCUGAGUUUCUGGUGGCCUCUCGCCCUCAUCCUGGCCACUCAGCGCAUCAGUCGACCCAUCGUCAACCUCUUUGUGUCUCGUGACCUCAAGGGGACCACUGAUGCCACAGAGGCCGUGGCUGUGCUCACAGCCACAUACCCUGUAGGCCACAUGCCCUACGGUUGGUUGACUGAGCUGAGAGCAGUGUACCCAGCCUUUGACAAGAACAAUCCCAGCAACAAGCUCAACGCUGGCAGCCCCGUCACCAAGUCGCAUAUUAAAAAGUUUACAUUCUGCUGUCUGGCGCUUUCACUCACGCUUUGCUUUGUGGUGUUUUGGAGUCCUCAUGUGUCAGAGAAGAUCCUGGUUGAUGUCAUUGGAGUGCAGGAUACUUUCGCUAAGCUGUGUGUGGUCCCACUCAGGAUUUUCUCCUUUUUCCCCCUGCCAGUGACUGUUCGGGCUCAUUUGACUGGAUGGCUCAUGACCCUGAAAAAGACCUUUGUGCUGGCCCCCAGCUCGGUUCUGCGCAUCAUUGUCCUCAUCACCAGUCUAGUUGUGCUGCCUUAUAUGGGGGUUCACGGGGCCACACUCGGGGUUGGAUCCCUCCUCGCUGGUUUCAUAGGGGAGUCGACAAUGGUUGCCAUAGCAGCCUGCUAUGUUUAUCGACAACAGAAAAACAACGAGAUGUCCAACGAGCUGGUGGUGGAGGGCGAGAACUCUGCCCCCAUGAGCGAGGUGUGCUCCAGGACUCCGAUGGAUGCCAUAGAGGAGCUCCAGGAGGAGGAGGAGGAGGAGGAACAGGAGUGAGCUCCAAGGACGGGGGGAUGGGGGAGGACUGUAAAGCCGAGGUCAAUGUGGGACUUUGCCGAGGAGAGGGACACCGGAUGUUACGGUGCUGGAGAGAAGAGAGGACCCCCCCACCCUCCCCCGGCCCCGCCUGAGUAUGGUUUUGGUUUCAGAGGUCCUCUUAACAGAAUUGAGGAGGUCUUCAAGUCGACCACCUCACCAUUAACGCGCACACUGUAAAGAAAGCCAUUCACCUCCACAUGUUGAUCCAUCAGUGUAAAUACCGUUAGCGUCUUCCGAUCUUUUCAGCAGCUCUCAUAAUCAGCGGGUGUAUUAACCAUUUUCAUGUGCUUAUUGGUAAACAAGGGAAUUCGACACAGGAGAACUGUUCCUCCUCAGCGGUGAGAAUGAAGCGUCUGUCGAGUGGUAGUGGAGUUUCCAAAAUACUUCUGUUAUUUAAUCGAGAUUAAACGGCAAGGCCUUGCUUGGAUUCAGAUAAACAUAUUGUGGGACUUGUUGGGUUGUGCAAUCAUAUUUUACAUACAAUGGUGUACAGAUUAUUGUUGUUUUAUAUAGGCAAUGCAUUGUGUAUAUUUAAUUGCCCAGAGGGGUCAGGAAUCCCUCGUUAUAUAUCAUUGCGUGUUU